UGCAAAGCAGCCCAUAGGAUUAUAAUACUCGACAAUAGCUUUAGAAAAAGAAAUAAGCACCUUUCGAACUACUUUGUUGCAGGUUCGCGAAACAUUAUACUUGGAGUAUUCCAUCGUCAAAAAAAUGAGCAGAAUGUUCCCGGUAAUUUCGUGGUGAUCCACUUCUUAGCUGAUAGUCGAAUGGAACAUUGGUUAUGGUGCUUCUCUAAACAACCAGAUAACAGAUAUCUCAUAAAACGUGCCAGUGUGCAACGAAUUAAUCGUGGUAAACGCGCCGCAUCCGAUGUUUGUGCUUGGACAGGACAUAUAGCUGAAUGUGAGCUGGAGGUUGAAGACGCUAUGAUUAUUACACCUGAGAAGCCAUUACGAGAACCUCGACAUGAACUCGUGGUAUGUAUGGCACCAAUGUACAUCUAUACCGAUUGGGAGAUUCUCCUCGUCAGUCUUGAGACAUGGUUGGCUCUUGGUGCUACCAAAAUUAUCGUGCCCAUACAGUCGGCGUCGUCUACAACUUACAGGAUUUUGAAGGAGUACGAAGAAAGAGGCUUCGUUAUAAUUCGUACUUGGCCCAAAUGGCCAAUAUUGACCGACUCUAAUCCCAAUGGAAUGGUAUUGAGCAGAGGUAAGAUAGUACUUCUGAUCCUCCCAUCUGCCCUUAUCAUUGACAUUUCCAGGCAUAGAGGAGUCGCA